CCAGUCCAGCUAUGGAGAGGAUGAUUCCGCCGGCCAGCACAAUUCAGGACGAAAGUGGGGGCAAAGAGGACGAACGGGACCAGAAUGAGACACCCAAAUCCCCGACAGCGAACGCCAGCCAACAAGAAAGCAAGCUGCAAAGACUCAAACGCUCCCUGUCCUUCAAGACCAAGGGCAUCCGCAGCAAGAGCACCGACAACUUCUUCCGGAACAGCAGCGAAAACAAGACAGAGCUCCUCUCAGACGUGAGCAGCAGCACGGGCCAUCUUUGCAACAUUGGGAUGGCCCCGCCGCACAGCACCAACCUCCCCAUUCCUCCAGUUCCUCCGGCUAUUUCCUGCGCUCCUCCUCCCACGUCGCACUCAGAACCACGCAACCCGAUGCAGUUAGACUCGGCAGGACACUGCUUCAUGGAGCACAUCUUUAAGAAGCCCACGUUCUGCGACGUCUGCAACCACAUGAUUGUAGGGGCACAACAGCCAAGCAUGUGGUGUUCCUGGCGGGAAACACGGCGAAGCACGGCCUCCGCUGCAAAGCCUGCAAAAUGAGCCUACACCACAAGUGUGAGAACGGUGUUGGGCAGCAGCGUUGCAUGGGAAAACUGGACCAUUGCUCACCAUCCAGCCUGCAAACUCUCCAGACCAGCUCUGCAUCACCUGCUCUAAGCUCAGCCAACCACAACCUGUCAUCAAAGGAGUUUGCAAAGAAAAACCUGUCAUGCUUUCAUUCAGCCAGCUUGCAGUCAGCUAAUUCGUCUGCUUGUACCUCUGUCUAUAGUCAACCAUAGCUCAACAAUAAUUCAACUGCUAGGUCCCUAGGUUACCAGAGUCAGCUGGGGAUUCAUGAACAUCAUCAGUGAUGUUUCUCCACAGCGGGCUCAUCAGUACCUGGUGACAGAAGGUCGAUCCAGCUCUGACUUGAGGCUGUUCAAGAAUCAGCUCCACUUGAUCUGGUUCCACCUCUACCACAGGCAGAGAAACACAGGCCUGGACUCUUUGUUGGCCAGACAAAAUCAGGAACGGAAAUCAUUGGUUUUCACAACUGGGUCCAGUUCCACCUGCAAAGGAUAUGAGGCCAGGGAGCAUGAUUUGCUGUAAUAGAUUACAGGAAGUCUCUGGCUGUGUUGCUGAAUCUGCCGAUUCAAGAUCAGACAUGGAUGGAUGAGGUGCUGCAACUGAGACCUGACGUUUGUCUUUUCUGGUCGGUGAGUGGAGAAUCACACAGGCUGGUCUGCAAAGAGAGCUUUAGGAUGCUUCCUCCCACUGUCCACUGCAUCGUUCAUCCACAGGGUUUGCAGUAGUGAUGGUGAGAUGAAGCUUUGUGAUGAACUGAAGCUUUCCAUCCAACUGGUCGACUGUGAGAUUAUUAUAUUAUCUUAUGCCACGUUAUACCCCUAAUUAAAGAUUGUGAAACUAUUAUGUAGUUUUAGUUUUCAUUAUUCUCCUUAAAGAGGGGAUAACUAUUAGAUUUAUUAAACUGAUUUGUAUUACAUUAGACUGCUGAUUUAUUGUGAAUGAAUGAUAUUGUUUUAUGACGCAUUAUACUGCUGAGUUAUAAGAAAUACUGUUUUCAGAGAGUCAUGGCCUUAUUUGUCUGAUUAGAAAAGAACAGAACAUACCGGAGAGGUUUUCUGCCCCAUCACAUCAGGAGGAGAUAAAAGAGGGAGCCAAGGCCGCCACUUAGGCACCGUAAGAGAGAAAGAAUGUGAAUGUUUAGGUUUUUACGACUGGGUGGGGGCCACUAGAGGCUAUAAGAGCUUGAGUAACCCUCCACCAUUUUGAGAUUUACCCUCUGCAUGCAUGUCUCCCUAUCCGGAUGGUUUAUGCUCAUAAAGUGUUGAAUUGUAUGGAAAUAAAUAAUUGUUGAUUGAGCAUUUAUACACCGAGUGUUGUCCUUCCUUCAGCCCAAAGAUCAAAAGAAUUGGGAGAUUUUAACACGACUCAUGGUUC